GUUUGUUCUUAGGUGACACUGUAGCGUGAUGGAUAAUAAAAACCCUAAUCAACAAAAAACUAACUCGAAAAUGGAAGAACUCUUCAUGGAAUGUGAAGAAGAAGAGCUGGAACCCUGGCAAAGGAAAAUAGAAGAAACUCAGAAUAAAGAUGAUGGUGGUGGUGGUGGUGAUGAUGAUGAUGAUGAUGAGCUGAUCUUUGUUGGAGAGGUAUCAAGUUCAAAGCCAGCCAUUUCAACUAUUUUGAACAGAGGCAACUCUAGCUCAUCUUCAAGGGGAAUAAAGAAUGAAGCACUUGGAACAGGAAUUUCUGAUACAUUCAAGUCUAAAAAUCAACACUAUAAAGACCCACCUUCAGAUCCAGUGGCUGGUUUACCUAGAUUUCAUCCUGAAUCUAAAUCUUCAGAAAGCCCACAUGCUGUUCAGAAUAUAUCUAAACCUGAACUUUCAAAGAAUUCAUCACGAGUUGAUUCGCAUGGUUCUUCAAUGUUUCUAUUUGACUUGACCAACGAUACAAUACCACUGUCCCCAGGCAUGCCAAAAAAGCUCUUGGAAGAGAUGGAUCAAACUUCAUUUGGAGUAACACAUCUCCCUGCUUCUAAAGUAAACAGUAUUAAUCCACCACAGCCAAAGACCAGUCAAGGUGUGUCUGAAACAAAUAUUUCCUUGGCAUUGUCUUCAAAGAAGUUUUCUUCUGAAGCAUCAUCUUCCCAGAUUGUGGUAACAACAGGUUCAAAUACCUCAUCUAACUCUAAAAAUGGAGCUCCUUUCCGAAAAUCUUGUCCAAAAUGCAACAUUCAGUUCAGACAUUUGACUGCUUUGAGAUCCCACAUGAAGCAUUGUUGCCCAGAUAUGGUAAAUAACUCCCUGGGAACUUUCAAUAUAGAAAUUUCAAGUGCUGACAAAGAUGAUGCUGGUUCUGAGAAAGGAAAAUUGAUCAUGGUAGUUAAUGAUUUUUAUUAUGGGAGACAUGAAGGAACCAUUGAGGAAGAACUGAAGACUUACACAAACUUUAAAUGUUUCAGUUGUUUGAAAGUUCUUAAAAAUAACAUUAGGUUCAUGAAUCACAUGAAACACCACUUGGAACUGGAGAAGCAGAACAAUGAGAGCUGGGAAAACCACACCACCUGCCAGCACUGCUACCGGCAGUAUCCCACACCCUUCCAGCUGCAAUGCCACAUCGAGAGUACACAUACUCCCCAUGAGUUUUCUACUAUUUGCAAAAUCUGUGAAUUGUCAUUUGAAACAGAGCAUAUUCUUUUACAACAUAUGAAGGACACUCAUAAACCUGGUGAAAUGCCAUAUAUUUGCCAGGUUUGCCAGUUUAGGUCAUCAAUAUUUUCUGAUGUAGAAACUCAUUUUCGAAUAGUCCAUGAAAACACUAAGAACUUGCUAUGUCCGUUUUGCCUCAAAGUUAGUAAAAUGGCAACUCCCUACAUGAAUCAUUACAUGAAGCAUCAGAAAAAAGGAGUUCAUCGUUGUAUGAAAUGCAGACUGCAAUUUUUGACCUACAAGGAAAAAAUAGAACACAAGGCACAGCACCGUACAUUUAUAAAGCCUAAGGAACUAGAAGGAUUGCUUCCUGGAACAAAAAUUACUAUCCGAGCUUCAUUGGGACCUGUUCAGGCACUAUCAAGUACAGAUUCCAGUUGUAUUCCAAGUACUUCUCUUCAGAUCUUACCUUCAACUUCUACGGGUGCAACUACUAAAAAUCUAAAGAAUCCUGCAAGUAAAUAUAAGACAAAUAAACAGCAAGCAAGUGUAUCUACUGCAGCUAAACCUAAUACAAGUAGGUCAAGCACAAAUACCUCCAAGUGCAAAGGCAAGCAGUCUUGCAAGCAAAGGAGACAGCGCAACAGAAAAAAUGCAAUCAGCAUAGCUUUGAAGAAUUUAAGGUAUUGUCAGGGAAUUCACAAGUGCAUUGAGUGUCAUUCCAAAAUAAAAGAUUUUGCAAGCCACUUUUCUCUAUCUUCCUAUUGUGAUCAUUGCAAGUACAACACUAACUGUAACAAAGCCUUCCUAAAUCAUACAGUGAGCUUUCAUGGCAGUCAGCCAUUGAAAUGGUUAUGCCUUUUUAAGAAGCAUUCGGGAGCUCUCAGGGGCAUCACUCUGGUUUGCCUUAAAUGUGAUUUCUUAACUGAUGCUUCUGGCUUAGACCGUAUGGCUAAACACUUAAGUCACCGUAAAACUCAUACUUGCCAAGUUAUAGUAGAGAAUGGUUUAUAUGUAAAACCCUUCUUCUGAUUUCAGUUUCUGAAAGUACCUCAACUUCUGAACCCACUUCUCACUGCUCCUGGAAAUAGAAUCCUGCUCUAUGGAGCUCGUGCAACCUGGUACAAGACAAGUUGAAAUGUCCAAAAUUCAAAGUGUUUUCUCAUACAAAGAUGGUUGAACAAGUUCAUAACACUAGCUCUCAUUCUUUAGCUCUUUGAAGCUUUCAAGCGGCACUAGAAUUUUAUUCUACUUUAUCUGUGUCAGAUUAACAUAUCUUAAUAAGUAUAGUUUUUCUGCAGUUGACUCUUUCCAAAAAUUCCUUUUGUUGCUAUUGUCUUUUUCGCUUUGCUUGAAAUAAUUUGUGUUUUUCUCUGUUAUACUUGCCUUCAGAAUAUUACAUUCCAAACAAUAUGGCUGUUCAUAUGUUUUUGUGUUUUGUCUGACUUCUUAAUUUCUUAUGUCUUAUCUGACCUUUUGUAGGUUACUUGAUUUUCCUUCAUUCCUUUUCUGUCAUUGUUCUAUUUUUCAGAUGUAGAAGCAACACAGAAACUUUACAAAAAUGUCUGGUGUAUUCCUGGACAGUAUCAUCCUUCAAUGGGAACAACUGAUACCUGUUCUCUUUCUAAGGAAAGUGAAUUAUUUGACUAUGAAUCCCCUUCCAAUUUGUGACCUUAAGAAAUCAGAACUUAGGAAGAGUUCCUUUCUGCCUGAAUGGCUUCUCAUAAUAAGGCUGAUGAUGAUUUGGCCAGUGAUGACCUCCAGAUCUACCAAAUUGAACACAGCUUUCUACUGAAAGGCUUUGGUGCUUGAGCUUGAGCUUGUGGCAUGAUUCUAACCAAGAAAAGCCCAUUUUAUCAGUAUUUCAACAUUCAAGUUCAAGUUUUUUUGUGCACGUCCUGGAACUUGAAUUCAAGGCCUGGGCACUGUCCAU